AUGGUCGUUAAUGUGAAUGUUUACAUCAUUGAUGUUUAUGAACUUGAAUCCAGAAAUAGCAAUAGUCUGUUUCCUGUUGCAUUUGUGAUUGUUGAUUCGGAGACCACGGCGAAUUGGUCGUGGUUCUUGCAUGAACUUGGGAAGGUUGUUGAUGGUAACCGGCAGAUUACCUUUAUUUCGGAUCGUAAUCUUGGCCUGUUAGAAGCUAUGCCGAAGGUGUUCCCAUCGGCUCAUCACGGUUAUUGCUUACAACACUUGAAGAGCAAUUUAAGAGACCGUAAUGGAUUUAUGGACCACCUUGUUAGUAAUUUGGGUGACUGUGCUUAUGAGCCAACUGUGGUAGGGGGCAUGCGUUUUGGGGAGAUGACUUCCAAUGCGGCGGAGACAUUUAAUAACUGGAUUACAGAAGCACGUAAUCUUCCUAUCACUCAAAUGGUGGACACAAUUCGUACUCAGUUGAUGCAGCAAAUGUCUGCACAGUCUUGGCAAGUUAGCAAAGCCAAUGAGAAUGUCUUUGAAGUUCAUUCGAUACCAUCUGUUACUAUUGAUGUUGCAAUGCGUACAUUGUAUUCGGGUGCCAUAUUCCCUCUACCAUCGGUGGAGAAGCCGCCUUUUGAUCCCAUGGACUUCACUAUAUACCUGCUAACUGUGAAAAGACCACCCGGAAGACCGAAAAAGAAUAGGAUCCCAUCAAGGGGUGAGAAACUGAAGCAAAUAAGGUGCGGGAGAUGUGAUAAGCUGGGGAGCCAUAAUCGGAAGUCAUGCAAGGAGCCGAUAUAG